GUGCCGUCAGGCUAUUUACGUCCAGGUCAAGAUGGCCGCCCUAUAGUAGCGCCAAGCAGUAACGAGAAGAAACAACAAGAGGUCUAACUGCUAGAUUGUGUUUGAAAGCGUGGUGAUUUUUCUUUUUUUUUUUGUUCCUGGAUUGUAGUAAAGACAGAUAUCAAGAGUCGCAACACGACAGAAUUUGGCCAGGGCGCAGGAGCCGGUGAUGGCAGAGCCCAGGAAAGUGGCCUUCAUCACCCUGUCCUCACCGGACCCGCGGAAGCGCCGUCGGGAAGAUGAGCCUGGCACCCCUGGGCUUCCGACGGUUGGAGGCGGUGGUGGCCUCUUUCCUGGUGCCCCAGAAAGUAAAGUGGACACCGAGCAGACGGAGCAGCGUGGCAUUACACUGCGUCUCAACCUUCGACUGUCAGAGCCGAGUGAUAAAGCCUCCACAGAGUUUAACUACAACGAGCUGGUGAAUGCAGUGAAGGUAAAGAAACCUUCUGACACAGUAUCUAAUCCUAACGACCCUUUCAACGAUGAGAUGCGCGAACGACUAGAAGUGGAAGCUCUUGCCAAGAAGUUUGAAGCAAAAUAUGCAACAAACAAGAAACGCAGGGAUCGGCUCCAGGAUCUCAUUGACAUUGGCUUUGGCUAUGAUGAGACCGACCCUUUUAUAGAUAAUUCUGAAGCUUAUGAUGAACUUGUACCAGCUUCACUAACUACUAAAUUUGGUGGGUUCUACAUCAACACUGGUACUCUACAGUUCAGACAGGCAUCAGAUUCUGAGGAAGAAGAUACGAAGGAUGAAAAAAAAGUGAAAUCGCACAAGAAGCAUAAAGAGGGAGAAGAACGUCCCAUAAAAAAACGCAAGAGAAAGGAUGAGGGAAGUGUUUUAGAGAAAGAGAAGAAACCAAGAAAAAUCAAAAUAUCCAAACAACUUGGGGUAACAGCCCUAAAUUCUAACAGACCUGAUAAAAAGAAACGAAAAAAGCUAAUGAAGGAUUCUUUGUCAUUGGCCGCCAUGCUCCGCAAAUUUACAAGAGAAAAGGAGGCUAUGCGGAAGAAUAACCAGUCCUCUUUGGGUACCACAAACACAAAUUCCUUUCCCAAACAUAACACACCAACAUCUUCACAAACUACUCCAAUAAACAAUGUAAAGCCUGCUCCUAGUCAGACUACAGACCUCUGUGAUCUGGCCACAGACCCUACUAUGAUCUCAAUUUUGGGUUCUGCCAAUGAAAAUGAGCUCCUUCAGCAUGCAGCAAAUGCAAUGGAACUUGAUUUGCUGGAUGUAGACUUAGAAAAGCUCCUAGACUCUUCAUCUCAGGCUAGUGUGGAUGGAAUGGAAGGUGGUACCAAUGUUACUCAAGAGAAUGGCUUACUGAGAACCUCAACAACCUGUGAAAGUGGAAAUUUGAAUACAUCUAAAACUUUGCCACAGAGGCAGGUGAUUAGUGUGACACCACCACCCCUACCAGAAGGUCUUCCGGAGCCACUUCACAAGAGGAUUGGUGACCUUCGUACUGCCUCUAGACAGUUUGAUGAAGAAGGAAGGAAGAAGUUCUUCACCUUGGACAUGAAUAAUAUUCUGCUUGACAUUGAGCUUCAACUCCAAGAUCAGGGUCCACAAGUGCGGGCUGCUGUUUACUCUCAUCUAGAAGUGUUUGUGCCUUGCAACAAAGAAAUGCUGAUGAAGAGGCUGAGAAAACUGAAUCUGAAUGUACAGGAUGACAGACUACGGAUGCCACUUCAGAGGCUUAAGCUUGCAGUUGGUAAUGUAAUGCCUGAACAGAUUUCAAGAUACCAUGAGGAUUGCCUUGCACAUAGCCAAGCCAAGGUGGCAAAGAUUGCAAAGCAGCAAUCUGAGGAUGACCAUGCAAAGAAUUGCUCAGAUGAAGAUGAUGAAGAAAAGCCUGGGAAAAGAGUGGUUGGACCUAGAAAGAAAUUUCACUGGGAUGAUCGAAUCAGAAGUUUACUAUGCAACCUGGUGAAGAUCAAGCUUGGCUGCUAUGAACUGGAACAAAAUAAGACUGUUACAGUGGAGGACUACCUCAAGUCAUUUAUGGAGACACAGGUCAAACCGCUAUGGCCCAAAGGCUGGAUGCAGGCCCGAAUGUUGUUGAAAGAGAGCCGAAUAGUUCACAGCCAUCUUACUGCAAAUUUAUCCAAAAAGAAGAUUGUUCCUACUUCUAAACCUAAGCUGCGGGAAUCUAGCCCCAAAGAUGGAUGUCUAAACAUCUCAACAGGAUCUGUUGGCUCACAACGCACCCCUUCAGCAGUACGCCCCUCAGAAGAGGAUCCAGUGGCCUCUUCUUUGUCUUCACGCCAAAUGGUGCCAACCACCAGCACUCCUUUUAAAUGCAACUCACCCCCAGAAACCAUUUACUUGGACUCCUCUCUUGAUGAAGAAACACCCAAUCCCAGUUUUGAUUCCAUUUCAGAAGCAUUGGCCCAACUCAGCAAUGCUGCUAAGUGUUUGGUCAGUGAUAGCCCUCCUACAACUCCAAAACCUCAAAGGAAUAUGAGUAGCAAUAUUCAGUGUAGAGAUGAGAAGUUGUCAAGUAUCACAAGUAAGCUGCCUUUAGGCCACAGUCACACAUCCGUUAAAACCCACUCCGAUUCACAAGACAGCCAAAAAAAAGAUAUAAAUACAGGUUCUGGUAGAAAUUUUCUUACCGGACUCCACACAAAUAUUAUUAGUAAAAAUGGAGAGAGUCCUAUGGGGUCUUCUAGCAAGCAGAAGGCAGUGGGAGCAGAUGUAGCUAAUUCAGGUGUAAUAUCUGCUAAUGCUCAGACUGGAAAAACAUCACUUGUUCACACAGUUCAAGCUGCUAGCUUACCAAGACUUUCUUCUCAGUCCUCCAAAGUGCCAGUUAGUUCAGAAGGAACUAAACCACACUCAAACUUUUCAAAUGUUAGUAGCAUUAGCAAUAGUCCUUCACAGGUGCAUAUACAUGGCUCAUCUAAGCUGCAGUCUGGAAUUGGAUCUGUACCACAGUCUAGUUCUCAUGCAAAACAGCUACAGAUGUCGUCUUCACCAAAGCUUGUACAGAGCACACAUUCAAGUACUGUAUCACCACUAGGAGCACAGGGUAUAAAACUGCAGCCUCAUGGUAGCAGCAGCAUUAAUAACCUAUCUCAAAGUAAGCUGCAUCCAAGUAGUACAACUGUCUCUCCUACAGUGCAGGUAGGCAAGCUUCAUCCAAACUCACAUAGUUCAAAUAAACAUCAUUCUCACUCUCACUCCACAGCAACUCCACCCCCUUCUACUGGAAAGAUACAGUUGCAGAGUUCCAAUUCACGUUCACCCCAUCAGAGCAAGCACCACUCCACCUCAUCCCCCCAGCAAUUAUCCCAUGCAACGGUAAAAUCACAGACUGCCAAUUUUAUAACUCCAUUGCAAGUUACCAUCAGUAAGUCACCCAGCAAUCCCAUAGUAAAACUCAGCAAUGCCUUGCAAGCUACCCCAAUAGCAAGACCCCCUUCUUUGAGUAGUAGUAAUGUAAACAGUACAAAUAGUACACCUGAAAAAACUUUGCAAUCCUCCUUUUGUAAUACAUCGCCUUCUCCCAGUACUUCCCCUUCCCUCGUUGGUCAAUCUAGACCUAAUUCUAGUAACUCUACAAGUCCCCAGUGCUUAAAUGCGUAUCACCCUAAAUCUAGCAGUCACUCAGUAAGUAUUUCUAGUGCUUUUCGACCCCAUUUUUCUGUCUCUGGGGCUUCAAAAUCCUCUCAGAGCCCUGCUAUUCAUACUGCAGGAGCAAGCCCUUUGCAGCACAAAUCACAAGCCUUCAGUGAUGGCCUGAACAGCAUUUGUUCCAUUCGGUCUCAUACUACUGCUAACAUUACUUCACAAUCAAACACAAAUCCCACUCAUUCGUCUCCUUCAUCAUCACUUAGUCAGAAAUGUUCAAACUCCUCACCUGCCCCUUCACAGAGGUCAACAGGAAGCACAAGUGCUGGAAGUGGGAGUGCUACAACAUUGUCUAAACCAGUUACUGCACGAACAGGAGUGUCAACUUCUACUGCAAUGACCUCUUCGGCACAACUGCAAACAAGUAUAAAUCAGGUGACCACAGGGGCAGGACUUUUAGGCAGUUCGCCCCCUCUAACCCUCAUGACACCCCCACUGUCAGUGCCUAAUCAGGCUGCUACCCUGAACCCCUUUGGCAUGCUUGGGGGUCUGGUUCCUGUGUCUCUGCCUUUCCAGUUCCCUCUGGACCUGCUUACUUUCCCUAAUGCAUCAAAUAAUGCAGCAGCUACUGGAGUGACGACGACUACCUCAGUGGGUUUCCCCCACACCCUAACAGAGAAUCUCCUGAAAGGUCUUCAGACGGGUGCCCAGCAUGCUUUGCCUGCACACCUACAGCAUGCUUUCUCAGAUUCAAGCCAAAGCCAGGGAGGUGAUGUAAAAAGGAAAUCACACUGACCAGCUGGCAUGCAGAUUGAAACUAAUCAGGGAAAAGGAGCAGAAGAGUGGCGAGGGACAUUCUCACUGGGUCACUCCAGGGUCACGUGACUGACAGAGAAUUGUGAUGAAUGAACUUAAUGUGUAUUGAUUUUUAUUUUCCUUUAUGUCAAUGUUUACAUAUUGUAGACCCUGAACACUGUGGUUUGGAGGAACAGAAAAAAACACAAAACAAUCCAAUUCCAUGCUGGACUUUGUUUGUCCUUGUCUCCUGGCUGCAUAUGGCGUGUGCAGGAGUGAGCUGUGGUGGGUCGAAGCCGUGGUGUUGUUGACCAGGCUCAGUCCAGUAGCUCAGUCAGUUCUCGGCUCACUGCCUCCUUUAUGCAUGCUCUUUUUUUGAUUUAUUCAUUGUUCUCAACAGAAGUUCUUGUUGUCAAGCUAUAUUUUCAUUAUUGUAGUUGCCUUUGUUGAUGAUGUAACAAUUGCAGUUAUGCUAUGUGCACAGUAGGCCAAGGGGAUCUGCUGUACUCUAAGAGGCUGCACAUUGUUUAAAUAAAUUAUGUUUUAACAGCUGCGGUGGGUUGGCACCCUGCCCGGGAUUGGUUCCUGCCUUUUGCCCUGUGUUGGCUGGGUUUGGCUCCAGCAGACCCCCGCGACCCUAUGUUUGGAUUCAGCGGGUUGGAAAAUGGAUGGAUGGAUGUUUUAACAGUAGGAAUGUCUAAGGGGGGCAUCUGAAGGUAAGGUGGGUUACACUUAAGAUGUUCAGAAGCAGCUGCUCUAGCAAAUAAGAGCUAAAUGUUUAAGGCCAGCAUUAGCCUCAGCCUUGACAGAGGGCCGAGCGCGGAUCAGGCAGUCCGCACACGAGAUGAGCAGCAGCCCAUCGCUGAGGACAGUCCUGCACCGCCAUUCACUAUAAAGGUAAACUCUACUGCAGGAGCUUCACUGGGGGGUCCCAGUGCAUUUUUGAAACAAGACUGUUUUUAAACCUGAGCUCAGCACUCGUAAUUCCAUCGAGUAUAUUUUUGAUACGCGGCCCUAAAAGAAACCCUUUGAGAUAAGACAACACUGCAAGAAGUUCUGUUUGAAGUUUUGUUCUUUUUAAUGUGCAUCUCUUCUUACCAAUCAUGCCCACAUGCGGUCUGUCAUGUUUACAUCUGUCUGUUUUUUUCCACAGUGAUGCAGCAAUGCAUAGUUUGAAGAAAAUGGCAUUGAGUGCAGAAUGUGGUGGAGUGAGGUGGUGUUAGGACUGCUCACUGAGUUUAAUGUGACCACAUUGUUCACGUGUAUAGAACUCCUGGUGAAAUCCACACUGAGGUGACGCCAGCAUUUUUACCAAGGCAAUAAUGAGAUACAUGUCAUUUUUUGUAAACGUUCUUAUUUCUGAGUAGAAAUGUAACAAUUUGCUAUUAACUUGACUUUUUUUUGUUUUUUUUUAAUCUGAUCAUAAAUAUUUCAGGAUUUAAAAAAGAAUGCAAUUGCAGUUGUUAAUUUGCUGUAAAUUCAAAGUAGAAGAAAAGUAAAUAAAAUAAAAAAUUAUGUUGAACGCA